AUGAACAACAUGAAACUCAUCUGUCUUGCUUCCGCUCUCGCCGCGCCAUUGCUGGCCAAGGUUGUGCACGGCCAGAAAGGUUAUAAUUCCGACAUCAUUUGUCCUCCGUGCCCUUCUGGCCACUGCUGCAUCACUGGCGUGCGCUGCGCCCCAAUUCCUGGCCUUGGCCAGCCCUGCACCGAUAGCACUGAAGCGCCAUUUCCGGCUAUACAGUAUGAGCAGCCGUCGCAGCAGACGCGCAAGAAGGCCUGCGCCCCGACGUGA